GUGAAAUACAAUUAAUAAGAGAACCUCCAACAUGGUCGCCCUACCACAUGUUUAUCACAUGGGCCAACUCAACGAGUGAGAAAGGUGUAGACAAGUACAUUGUUUCACUACCACCUGGUUCUAAUGGUACUAUUGGUAAUGUUGAACGAUCUGGGGAUGGAUACGGUGUGAAUUUGACAAAUCUGCAACCUGGGAAAUCUCACUGUAUAGAUGUCAGUGCGGAGCUCAAUACUCUCGUCAGUGCCCCGAGUCACAAAUGCUUACUCACGGAUGAAAUAACGCCUCCUUUGGCCACUAGAAAAGUCAGUGCAAUCGUAGGCGGAACGAUAGGUGGCGUGCUGUUUUUCCUGAUACUGGUCAGUAUCACAGUUGUACUGCUUAAAAGAAAUAAAAGGAACUUAGCAAAACGUGAAACUACUUCAGACAUGGAUACUGGAUAUUUGGAACCAGUCCCAACAGAGGAAAUCGAACGGAACACAGUGUACAGUGACAUUCAACUGCAGCCACCGCAGCCGCAUGUGUAUGACAGCAAUCUUGAUGCGCCUCUACAUAUAGACAAUGACUACGUUAAUAUUGGUCCAAAAGCAAAUGAGCAAAUGCCACAAACCAACGGACAACCGAUGCAUUUAGACCAGACAGAUAACAUUCAAUAUGAUUACUCAAAUGACUACCAUGUUUAUGAGAAACUUAAAAGACAUUGAACAUAAUAUUAACGAUUAAAAGAACCCUGUCUGCGUGAAACAGUUGUCAUGAUAAUGCGAACUUAUAUGCAAUACCACAAAA